AUGGGUUCCCCAGAUGUCGAAAAGCCGGACGGCUUGACCGCCGCUGUCAAGAUCCCUCAACUAAGCCCCGAUCCGCUUACCGGCCCCAUUCCGACGGCGGCAGCCCCUCUUCGACCCGUGGCUGCAGCAGAUGACGAGGUGAUGGAGAUGCCAACAUGGAAGAAAUGGGUAACGCUUGCGGUGGUUUGCUGGAUGGCCCUGCCCGUCACCUUCUCUGGUAGCUCCAUCUUGACAGCGACUUCCGAGGUUGCUGCCGACUUCAACGUCUCAACGCAUGCCAUUACCACAGCUAAUGCUGGCGUCUUCAUUGCCAUGGCUAUGUCUGCCUUGAUAUGGCUACCGACGAGUAAUAUCCUUGGUCGCAGAACGACUUAUCUCGUAGCCAACUGCCUCUUGACCUUGUGUUCGAUAGGAUCGGCGCUCUCAAAUAGCUUUGCCUGCUUCACAGCGAUUUGGGUCAUCGGAGGAACAACUGGUCCAUUCUUCCUAGUUGCAGGGCAAACCAUCUUGGCAGAUAUCUUUGAGCCUAGUCUUUCGACUGACGAGCUUUCAGCGCCGUUGACGGGAGCCGUCAUCGUGACCUUCACCAGUUGGCGAGUCAUCUAUGGGGUCCAGGCUGGCAUGACCUUUCUCGGUCUCAUCAUGGCCUUCUUCUUCGUGCCAAAAGCGAGCCAGCUGGCGCAUCUCAAGAUCGCCGUCGCAGAGAGAACUCCUAUUCGGUCUUUGGGCGACUUGGGCCACGCGUUCAAUCCGAUGGGCGUUCUCCGCCAGUUCAAGUAUCCCAACAUCGUUGCGGCGAAUUUCGCCUGUGGACUCCUGGGAUUCAACCAGUACGGCCUUUUGAGUUCCAUACGACGAGUCAUCAACCCUCGAUUCGGCCUUACUACGCCUCUUAUCAGUGGACUUUUCUAUCUUGCCCCCGGAGCGGGCUUUCUAAUGGGAAGCACGAUCGGCGGCAGAGUCUCAGACCACACCGUUAAGCGAUACAUCCGGAAGCGUAAUGGUCUCCGUUUGCCCCAGGAUAGACUCAAGAGCAGCUUGCCAGCAAUUUUCUUCGUUCUCCCUGCCGGUACUCUGAUUUACGGGUGGAGCGUGCAAAAGGAAGUCGGCGGAAUCGCUUUGCCCAUCGUCAGCUGCUUCUUUGAGGGUCUCGGCCUCAUGUGGUCUUUUAGCGGUCUGAACACAUACUCCGCCGAGGCAAUGCCGGAACGCAGGACAGCUGUCAUCAGUAGUAAAUACAUCGUUCAGUACAGUUUCGGAGCUGGCAGCGUGGGCGGUUUGGUGCCAAUGAUCGACGCCAUUGGGGUCGGCUGGUCUUUCACCAUCAAAUUCAGCGUUUCUCUCAAGCGCCAUCAAGAUGACUCUCACAUCCGCUUCAAGAACUUGCAGACAAGAAGUCCACCAACCGCCAUGGAGGUUUUGCAAUUAACAGAAGAGAUCAAUCGAGAUGGGGCUCACCGUCACCGGUCUUGGAGGCCCAACGCCACCCGUCUCGUCACUGUUCUGGAGAGAAUUUGUCAAUUUGCCCCUAUUGGCGACGUCCUUGUUGGAGGCGCCCAAAACCUCUUGGCGUCUGGGGUUUGGGCCACGGUCAGGAUGACUCUGGAGACUCAGGCGUACAUGUGCGAGUAUGUCAUUGUUUUCAUCAAAAUAUGCAAAAAGAUCACCAUCGACGCCCAUAAAUCAUUUGCGUCUCACCUCGCAACGUCUUUCACUUCCACCUUCGACUCGGUCUUCAAACCACUGGAAGACGACUUGCGAUCAUGGGGUCAGUUGAUUGAAAAUCGCGUAGCAGUACUGGUUGCAAAGGCCAAUGUUGAAAGCAAUUUGUCUUCUAUUGAGAGAUUCAGCCGAUUCCAGGUUAUGAUUUCCCGCGAUGCCGCUCAUCGGGACCGAGAAACGCGUGCGCAUCGACUUUUUGAAGCCUUGGCUCCCAAUCAGAAGGAGUUCGAGUCCAUUUGGACGAGGGAGCGAAAGAAGGGGACCUCUAGUUGGAUCCUAAACGACAAGAGCUACCAAGAGUGGCUGGACACAAAGACUUCAGCAACGUUGUGGCUGCAGGUCUGGCAAUGUGUACUGGUCCUGGAUGGCUUGGACGAAGAUCCUCUGGAAGAGGUGGAAUCAGUUCUCGACCUGGAAAGUUACAUAUCGGCCGAGGUCGAAAACUGGAAGCUCAUCAGGCCAAUAUCAAGCAGGCUUGAACAGCUAGUCAAGGAACAGCUACUAGUACGUUCUCAGGGCAUGUUUCUGUGGCUCUCACUGCAAAUUGAGGCCAUCUGCCCCAAGUACACUCGAGAACUUCGUUCUGAGUCUGAAAUUCUCGACAUCAUCAACAAUCUUCCCCGAAAUCUUCCACAGGCGUUUGAUCAAGCAAUUUUAAGAAUCCCGGACAUGAAGUACGGAUCGCGAGUUUUCCAGCUUAUCGCGUCAGCAGACCCAUGUCUUUCACUGGAUGAGCUUCGUGUGGCUCUGAACGUCCAACCCGGAUCCUCGAUCUGGAGUUCUUCAACUCUGCAUCCCUCCGGAUUCACUUUGGCCUCGACAUAUGGUGGCAGUCUAUUGGAGAUUGACGAGGAGGACUCAUGUAUCAGGUUCAUUCAUCACAGUGUCCUGUUACACCUCGUUCAAGCCCCGGCGUUGCCUGCAGCUUCUCCUUACCACUUUCAUCUGCAUCAAGCAGAGUUUGAACUCGGUGCCAUCUGUGUCACUUAUCUCAACUAUGGGGUAUUCGAGAAUAGCAUGUCACAUGCCCAGAAUGUUUCGUUUGACAAGAUUCCUGGCGAGCUAGAGCUUCCAACCUCCGACGCCGUCGUCGUCAAGGAAGUCCUUCGGAUUACACUCACAGUGAUCAAACAGUAUAAAGUGGACCUGGAAACAUCAACAGCGGAGGCCUACCCCAUUAUCUCAAGACUAAAUGAACUACACCACCACUACCUACGCCACGAGUUCUUCCUAUCGGGAGAAGACGCUGGGCUCCUGGUCCCCACGUACCUACUACAUAUGGGUCUCGAUGUACCAGUGCUCAAUUCUUUAGUCGAAAUGGAGUGCCUGCCUUUUGGCACCGGCGAUAAAUAUUGCCAGUUCAAAGACCCAGUUGCCGUCGAAAUGGCUCUCGGUACCAUCGCCCGACAUGGGAUACCAAGAGUUCUACUUUUCCUUCAACAAGAAAGUCAAGAGGAAGCGGAAAGGGACAGAUGCAUCAAAUCUGCGCUACUUCUUGCGCACUAUCUUCCCAGCAUUGAUACUACCCUUAGCAAUGGUUCCACCAUUUUACAUACCGCUAUCAAGUAUGGAUUUGAGGACCUUGCAGAAACACUGCUCAAAGACCGAGGAGCAGAUCCAGACGGCGCCCGUCUCCAGGGCAUCUCCAGCCCCUUGCAGCUGUGUCUUCAAAAGAAGUUCAGGCACCUAGCUGUAAUACUGACCCAAAUGGGGGCUGACAUCAUCGCGACGCCAGACAACGGCCUUCCUCCAUUCUUUUUAGCCAUGGGUUUACGUGAUUUGCGGCUUUUUGAUGCAAUGUGGCACGGAAAUCCCCAUCGAUCAUCGCGCCAAUACGGUCCAAAGAAAGAAACAGCGUUCCAAUUUGCGUGCAGGGUCUACUGCGAUCCGAUUAGCAAAGACUAUCCAGACAUCUCAGAUGCUCUCGAUAAUAUCCUCGCCAAGGACCCCGACGUGAACCGUCCCAACGGUGACGGUGAAACCCCGCUGAUGAUCACUGCCAUGACGGGCAAUCUUGAGUUGAUGGUACGACUCUUAGAUCAAGGGGCGGAUCCAACACUUGCGGGUGUUAAUGGGGCAACGCCUCUUCAUCUGGCAGUGGAGGAUACAGUUGCAAAGCUGCUUGAGGUUGGUGUUGACCCGAACAAGGUGACACCUGAUGGCGUAUCACCGCUCAUGGUGGCCUCACUCCUAGGCGACAUUGCUGCUGUCAAGACCCUCCUUCACGGUGGUGCGCUGCGUUUCCAGGCUGUCGCUGGUGCGGGUCCUCUGUCAGAGGGUGGAAAGGCACUCUUCAGAAUGUCAAAGAGAUACCCGAGAUUCUACGACGCGGAAAGCUCUACUCGCAAUGCAACAAUAGACAAGAUCGAGGCAGGUGAUACAGCCCUCUCACUCGCCAUAGCUCGGCUGGAGUUUAUGACUGGCGAUAAGGAGCAAAUCAGUCGUCUACGUCAGAUUGUGAAGGACACUGUCAAUAAGGAUGCCCAGAACAAAGUCAGGGCAAAGGUCACGCAUAUCACGGAACGAUGGGAUGACUUCGAGACGAUUGUGCUUGAAUUGCUCUCACGGAAUCGCGACCCGUUGAGUGGUUGA